CAAACUUGAAGACGAGGUUGAUGUCAACAAGUGAAUCUGAACAGAUUUUAUAUUUCAAAAAUAUUUAUUAGAUGUUUGGUAAACUUUUGUGGCACUUAACUAAUUAAUCAAGUUUUUUAAAAAAACAAUUACGGAUAUAAUUAAUUUAUGUGAAGGAAGUGACUCUCUAGAUAAUCGAGCGAUUAACUAAUCAACAUGUAAAUUAAGGAAGGAUUACGUCUUUUUCUUAAUUCUUGGGGUGGACGGACGGGUGCAGGGUCAGAGGUCACCCCUCGCUCGCUGGACCAGAGAGUAAAUUAAUUACCACAUCAGAGAGUCCAGAAUUCCAUCCAGCCAUUAAUCAAGGAAUGAAAUAUGAUGAUAUUUAAGUAAUCAUUGGAGAGCUAAUCCUAAGAAGGUGUAUAUUUUCAAGUGGGGGAUAUUUUUGGUACCGUUUCCCUGUUUAACUUUGGAAAAAAUAUACUUUGGAAAAUGAUGUUAACGCAAAGGAGAACGAGCCUCGCUGUGUUCCUUUUGUCCAGCAAAACUAAGGAUAAGAAGGUUGAUAAGUUAGGAAAAAAGACGAAGAAAGAUUCUAAGCGACUCUAAAUUCGUGUUAAAAUCUUUGGAAAGUAUUCAAAAGUGCUCAAAAAAUAUGCGACUUCAAUUCGUCUCAACGCUUGUUUCGGCGCUGUCGAACUGUCGUGCGACGAGGUUCCGAAUGCCGACACGUUUUUAUUCUACGACGACGACGCCGCCGCCGCCAUCCCCACGCGAUGCCUCCACGGAGAUCAAUUUUAACCCGAAGCGCGUCCUCAUUUUGACAAAGCUGAGUCGCUACGAGUUUGAAAAACUGCGACAUCCCGACCUCGCCAACGAGCAUGAGUUGGAACAACUCUUGAAAAAGCGAGGUUCUGACUACAACACGCUCCUUUAUCAUCACUAUAUCCACAAAGGGUGUGAAUUCCGUGUCGUCAAAGCGUUCCAAGACUUUGGCGUGCAGACAAGACUGGUCAGCAGGUUCAACUAUACCCAGGAGAACAUAGACUGGGCCGAUCUAAUCGUGACGACGGGAGGAGACGGAACAUUUUUGAUGGCCGCGUGUCGAAUUCAGGAUCGACAAAAGCCCAUUGUUGGCUUUAAUACGGACCCCACACGAUCCAUCGGUUAUCUCUGUCUCGCCAAAAAGUACUCCAUAAACGUGCAGGACGCGGUGAAUAAACUAUUUCAAAACAAGUUCAAAUGGACGCUAAGAAAGAGGAUGAGGAUCACGAUGAUUGGCGAAUCUGUGUACGACUCUCCCGUUGAAUUGCACGAUCAGCAGCUAUCACAACCCGAGUACCGCUUUUUCGAAUGCCUCCAAGAAGCCGUUCCUACCACCCCGCUCACCGUGGGGGACGAACAGUUCAAAAACUCCAAACUAAAAACUCGUACCCUCCCCGUCCUUGCACUCAACGAGGUUUACCUCGGCGAAUGCGUCUCCGCUCGCGUUUCCUAUUUUGAAGUCUCCACCGACACGACACCACACGGAGAGAGGAUAAAAACAAAGAAUGCCGGCAUCUGCAUCGCGACUGGGACCGGGUCGACCUCGUGGAGUCACAAUAUUUCAAAAAUCUCUCGCCAAACGGUGCAAGAAGUGUUAAAUUUGGUCGAUCACGAAUUAAAAGGUGACCUCGCGGCGAUGCAGGCAAAUCCCGUGUUAGGUCAGAUCGCCUCCAUGCAAACGUCCCUCUCCAAUGAAGGCAUGGUUGACAAGAUAACACACGCGUACAACCAAGCGUUAACCUUUCCUCCAGAAUCGGGCAAGAUGCUGUACACAAUUCGUGACCCCGUGUCACAUUCAACGCUGCCGUGUGCAUCUGAAAUUCAGCCGAGAUCGUUCGCCCAGAGGAUGGAGGUCAAGUCGAGGUGCUUCGAUGCCUGCAUGGUGAUUGAUGGAGGGUUGUCGUUCUCCUUUAAUGAUGGGACCACUGUCAUCUUUGAAAUGUUUGAGGAAGAUGCGUUAAAAACGGUGGUUGAGUUGGAGGAUGAUGACGAAGAGGGAACCAGAAAUGGGGGGACCGGUGGAAAUGGAGGUUUUAGUCAUGUAAGGUCGUUCGGGAUUUGAGUGGACGAAAAGCAUGUCAAUCUUUGUAAAUUUUAGGGAAUUAGCUAGUUUACAAAGUCGUACAAAGUUCGCAAAUGAGUGACGCAGAUUUUGACCGUGUUCAAAUCUAAAAGUGGGGAUGAAUGUGAAAUGUAUUUUUGUGUAUGACCGAAAAUUAAUUAGGAGUCUUUGUUCCUGUUAUUCUGAAAUAAUGUGAUACGUGUCUAAUAAGUAAAUUAGUGCAAGAUAUUUAUUUUAGGAAAAGCUACAUAUAUUUGCAAAUAUUGACUAUAACUUUGUAUAUGUAAUGUGGGAAAUUAUUAUGACUGAUGAGAUGAAUAAAUAAUUGUAAUUGUA